UAUAUAUAUAUAUUUGAAAAAAAGCUAUCAAAUUCAUCGAAUCGUAGGUAUGCGAUACAUAUAUUAUAAAAAAAGAAACAAAAAUUAUUCAUCCGUGCCAAAGAAUUCUUAUGAAUCAGUUCUUUAUACAAAAAAAUAAUAUUUUGCAUGUAUUAUUUUAAUUAUUGCGUUGGAUCAUGGAUACGAAACCAAAAAGAACAUUUUUAAUCAUUUUUUUAUUAAUUCUUACACUUGAAUUUUUAAACUUCGGUUUUACAUGUGUAUCAGCUUUUGCGAAUGAAUGAAAGAAGCAAAAAAAAUGAUAAUAAGCUGAUCAAAUCAUUUUAUGCUAUUAUCGUAUUAUAUUAUGUUAUAUAAAUUAUAUUGUAUUAAAUACUAUUAUUAUUAUAUUAUAUUAUAUACAGUAUGUGGCAAAACAAAUAGCACUGAAUGCUGUGUAUAUCUGAUACACAUACUCGUUACGGUCAUGGUUGUGUCAGGGAUGCAUUGUACAUUAAAUACCAUUUGUUUUGCUGUAUAUUGUAUUAAAACUGCAUUGAGUAUUAAUGCAAUGAGCAUCAUUGGUAUGAAGAAAUUUAUUUGAUUUUUUAGUAGAAGAGGAGAAUACAAAGAAUAAGUAAUAUAAUGUUUUCAAGAUAUAUAUUAAAGAAAGCAAGUAACAAUCUUGCUUUUUGGUAUUUAUAUAUCAUGUCAAUUAUCCACACACAUCAUACUUGUGAAUUGUGAUUUGAGUAAAUUUUUGUAUAUAGAAAAUAUAUAUAUAAUAAUAAUAUUAAUUAUAAUAAUAAUGAUAAUAAGCGGCCCGCACGAACGGUAGGAUAGUUUUAUACCGUGACGUAAAUCAACCCUUAAAAUUUAUAUUUUAAUAAUCAAUUUGCAUAUUUGUGAGUUUCUCGCAUAGCGUUGGCUUUGUGUCACAAGGUCCUUGUAAAGUUGUAACGUUUUAGCAUAAUUAAUUAGCUGAAUUUUUAUGCAUUUGUCUCUGUGUUGAAAAAAAAAUUGUAAUGAUAAUAAUCAUCAUUUUUGUACAUAUUAUUAUAUGUACACACACAUACAUACACGUGUACUAAAUCUAUAUAUAUAUAAAUAAGGGUUCAAAUGAUAGAAUGUGAAAGUAUGAAAAUUCGUAAAUCUUCGAAGAUUCUAUCUCAUAUGCCCUUCCCUUUAAAAUUAAAACAAAAAAAAUAAUAAUUAAGCUUGCUUACAAAGCAAAUAAAAAAAAUAAUUAAAACAUUAGUUAAUUUUUCUAUAUCUUCUUCACACACACACACAUAUAUAUAUAAAUAUAAAGUAUACACCAUGUGAUAAUAAAAAUGAUUACGCGUCUAUCUAUCUAUUAUUAUACACAUAUUAUAUACAAAAUCGUUAUACUAUAUUUUCGACGCGUAUUACAUAGUUUGUAAUCAAGAUUAUUUUAAAUCUAACAAUAAGUGCGAGACUGCUGUUAUGGUAUUUUAUAGUCUAGUAAAGGCUUAAGUUUAUAUAUAUAUACUGAGAAAGAGAAAGAAAGAAAGAGAAUCAUGUAUGAUAAAAAAGUUUGUUCAAAAAACAUAUAUAUAUAUUAAAAAAAGAAAGAAAUCUGAUCUACGAAAAUGCUAUGCGAAAAUAAAGAGAAAUAUGUUAAUAAUCUAAUUUUAAGUUAAUGCAUUUUAAUCUUAUGGAAAUCUUAACAAAAAAAUUGUAUCGCAUAUGCUUUGGAAUCAAAAAAAAAAGAAAUGGGAAAGCUUGCAAUGAAUUUUGAAAUAUACUGUUAAAUGUUUAAAUCACGUUCGUCAUAGAAAAAAAAAAAACAUUUAUAUCGCAGUUGCAUUCUAAAAGACCAAUGUAAGAGAAAAUACUAUCGCGUUUUCUUAACGUUAGUUUUCACGUUAAGCUUUCACAUAAUAUAAACACAUACGUACACACAUAUAUAUAUAUAUAUAUAUUUUCGAGGUAAUAAAAGUGGUCAAGAUAUAUUUACAUCUUACCAGCAUUUUUUGCACUUUAAAUAUUCCUUUAGAGGGAUUAUAUAUAUAUAUAUAUAUAUAUAUGAGCAGAUCUGGCAAUCAAUAUGAUGCUUAAUUGUAUUUCCAAAUAGACAAUGACGAAGAUAAGAAAAAGAAGAAAAUGGAGAACAAAGUCUUUGAUGCAUUUUCUUCAUUAAUCACAUUGAUGAUGAUUAUUAAAUCUCUGAUAAAUAAAUAAACGAAAAUAUGAGUUUUAACAGAUGUGAUUUAAAGCGAGCGACGAGUAACUGGGGACCAGAAUGAGUACUCUAAUUUACUCGAAAAUCAUUUGAGAGGGUUCAAGCGUUAAAUAUCUUCUACUAAAAGUAGAUUUUAUAAACGAAAACUUCUUACAAUAAUUCUUGCCCUGCAUUUUUAAAAAAGAAAAUCACAUCAAAGAGCAAAAUACGAGUUUCUCAAACUGUCCCUAUUGAAUUCCACUGAAUUAACGUGGAAUAUCUAAUGUUGAAAUAGCACUUAGGAAUCGUGUGUAAAUACGAAUGUAAUUUAAAGAAAUUUCGAGGGCCGACGGUAUAAUAUUUAUUACAAAACAAUAGUAAUUGUGAUUGUGUUUAUUUAUUAAUUAUCGCUUAAGUCUGUUGUUCUGUGCGGAACUCUGUAACGUUGGACGGAUUUAAAAAAAAAAAAAUGAAAAAAAGGAGGCAUUGAAUUUGUAAAUAAAAAAUUCUUCCUAUGAGACUAAGAUAAUCUUUUUUAAAGUUAAUUUUUAUAUUCAUUCAAAUUCAAAUUCAAAUAUUGUCCCGCCAAAUAUGACGAUCGAACCUGGCCGCAUAUCGAAAACGAAAAAUCGUCGUACGUUCGAACGAAUGCCUUGAUAAUACUUAUCUUGUAAUUAUAAUAACGCCAAUUAUCUAUAAAUAAUUUAAUAAUACUUGUAUCUGUGUGGGAGUGCAAUAAAAUUUAAUUUUGUCUGCACUUUAUUUCAAAUUUAAAUAUCCCGCUAAAUGUGGCGAUCUAAUAUGGCCACCGAUUGAACGAAAAUUUAUCGUACGUUCGAACGAAUGCAUUGAAAAUUUUAAUUUUGUAAUUAUAAUAACGCCAAUUAUCUAUAAAUAAUUAAAUAAUAUUGAAAUUUGUUAAAAGAGUAAUUAAUUAACAUGAAUGUUAUACGCAACGAUACUGCGGCUCCUGUGAGAGGAAAAGUUAGAGGAAGAGGACGAGGAAAAGUAGGAGGAGAAAUGAUAACCAAUGUUUUACCUAAAUAUCGCUUUGAUUUUGGAAUUAGAAAACCAUUGGUCGAACUAUGCCCCACAAAUUCAAAUACUGUAAGAACGAAUGUGCAUCGAAAUUUAAAAAGUGCAUCCACAUCUUCAUUUCUUCCAAGUUCAACUCGUAGAGGAAGUGCAGGAUCAAAUACUACAAGAACGCCAGGAAGCUAUACAUCAACGGAAUCUUGUAUCAUACUCGCUGUCACAUCUGGUCGUGGAGAAGCUAGAGGAGAAGUAGGAAUAGCUGCAAUAGAUGUUCACCAUUCGCAUUUAAUUCUUUGUCAAAUGAGUGAUUAUCAAACAUACAUAAAUACUUUGACAAAGAUUUAUAUAUUUAAUCCAAUUGAGAUUUUGAUGCCAGAUACGAUGUGCAACGAAACGAAAAAUAGAAAUAAAUUGUAUUUAUCUAUCAAAGAAAAAUUUCCUAAUUUAUGUAUCACUGCGGUAUCAAGAAUUCAUUUUAAUGAAUCUGUCGGUUUGGACCGUGUAAAAACACAUUGUGCCAAAGAAUAUUCGACAGUGGAAUUAUUUUUAAAGCAAAAAUAUUACGCGUUAGCAGCAGCCUCAGCUUUGUUAAAGUAUAUCGAAUUUAUUCAGCAUAUCGUUUAUGCACCAAAAUCAAUCAGAAUUGAAUUUCAAGGUUCACCCAAUACCACAGUUAUAGACAUAGAAAGUGCACAAAGUUUAGAAUUAGUUGUGUCACAAUGUGGUCAACAAAACGCUAGCCUUUUAAGUUCAAUGGAUCAUUGCGUUACCCCAAUAGGUAGAAGACUUUUAAGAGCAUCUAUUUUACAACCUCUUUGCAAUGAAGAAAUAAUUAUAGAACGUCAAAAUAGCAUUGCUGAGUUAGUUUCUAAUCGUUUAUUAUGCAAUCUCGUUCAGCCUUUUGUAAGAAGAUUAUAUGGUGCUGAUCGUCUUCUGAGUCUUUCCAUGAUGACUUUACAAAACAAUACUGUACAAAAUGCAGAAAGAAAUUUAAAUUAUGUUCUUUUAUUAAAAAAUUCUCUUGAAAUAGUACCAGAAUUACGAGAAGCGCUUAAAAGUGGUCGUGCUUCAUUUUUUGCUAAAAUUCGAAAAAACUUGGAGAAUUCACAAUUUGAAAUAAUGAAAAAUAAAAUUUUACAAAUAAUACAUCCUGAUGCAAGAUCCCUAAUUGGAUAUACGUCAUCAAACAUGCAACGAUGUUUUGCAAUUAAGCCAGGAAUUAAUGAUUUAUUGGAUAUUGCUCGACAAACAUAUUGUGAACUCAUAAGUGAUAUGAAAAAUCUCGUAGAAAACUUAGCGAUACAAUAUAAAUUGAAUUUAUCAUUGGAAUGCAAUUCAUCCUUAGGAUUUUAUAUAUUAGCAGAAAUAUCUCGACAAAUGGAUUUCAAGCCAUCCGAUUUACCAUCGGAAUUCGUUCAAGUACAAAAAAAUAAAAACACCUAUUCUAUGACGACAAACAAAUUAUUGGUAUUAAGUCAUCAAUGUAAAAUUGCUUGUGAAGAUCUUCACAUAAUGAGCAACGCGAUUUUGAAUGAUUUACUCGUGAACAUUCGCGAACACAUUGGUUGCCUUUAUCAACUAAGCGCUGACGUUGCAGAAUUAGAUUUAGUUAUUUCUUUAGCUCAUAUAAGUUCAUCUCCUGAAUACGUAAAACCGAAAUUUGGACCAAGAUUAGAACUAAUAGAUUCGUUACAUCCUAUAAUGGCAGUAUUCGGGGUAGAACAACCUGUACCGAACGAUGUGCAUGCAUCAAUACCUUACAAUUAUCAUACAAUAAUUGGCCCAAACAUGAGUGGUAAAUCUAUUUACCUAAAACAAAUUGUUUUAUUACAUAUCAUGGCACAGAUUGGUUGCUAUGUUCCAGCAAAAAAAGCAGAAUUUCGAAUUACUGAUCGUAUAUUUUGUAGAAUAUGCUUUCGUGAUGACAUAGAAUGCAAUGCUUCAACAUUUGUUGUUGAGAUGAAAGAAGCACAAUACAUACUACAAUCAAUUACAUCUAAAUCUUUAGUGAUCUUAGACGAACUUUGCAGAGGUACAACUGUCGAAGAAGGUUCUUCUAUUACAUUGGCAAUAUGCGAACGACUUUUGAUUACCACAGCGUUUACUUUCAGCGCUACACAUUUUCGUUAUCUCACCAAAUUAGCUGAAAUAUACUACAACGUCACAAAUCAUUGCUUCAAGACUGAUACUAAAUUUACGGAAGGUUUAAACGAAGCCCGAUUAGUAUACACGCAUAAAUUAAUGGUAGGUGUAACUCCCAUAGACAAUUAUGGUAUUGCAUUAGCCGAAGUAUCAGGUCUUCCUGUUUCCAUCACUAGCAAAGCUCGAGAAUAUGCACAAAAAGAAGUUACUAAGAUGAAGAGAGACGAUUAUUUUACCGAACCAAAUUCAUGGGAGAAGACGUGUUACGAUCGUGUCGCGGCAAUGUAUAAACUCAUAGAAAAUAACGAAUUCAAUCGUAAAAAUGUCGUCGGACUUAUACACGAGCUUGAUGUUUGUUAUACUGCUGAAUUUAAAAAAAUGCAACAAGAAGAAAAAGCUUUGUGCGAAGCUUUGGAAAGUUUCGAAUCGACUCAAUUGGCUGAACCGGCUCAACCAGCUCAAUCCACUCAAUCGGCUCAUUUAAAUUGGCAUAAUAUGGAAAUGUCUUCUAAAAAUCAAUUGAACGAUACUGCAGCAACUUAUUUUGACAUGAAUACAACUGUUAGGAUGGAAACUAAUGAAACAGAAGAAGUUAACUCGAGACGAAAUUUAAAUAAACAAUUUAGAGAUCUGGUCGAUGAAAAUCAACAAAAUUCAUUUGGAACGCAAUCAUGGUUCAUUAAAGAUACCGAUUUAAAAACACUUAAUCAAAAUCCGAGCUUUGUUACCCGUUCACCACACUCGAGUCCAUUUAAAAUUAAUAAAACUAGUAAUCAAAUAACAACUAUGAUGAAUACCACUUCAAAAUUAUUUUUUACUUCGGAUGAAUUGUUAAAAAAACAGACGGAUUUAAAUACUUCUAUAAAAAGUGUACCAACACUUUUCAAAUUCGACCCUCCAAAUAUUGUCGAUAAGAAAGAUGCCGCGUCUAUGGAAACCAUGUCGGUAAUGUCACCGAUAAUUUCUUUUAGAUGUUCACAAAUUUCGCAAUUUCAUAAAAAUUCCUUAAUGGAAUCAGAAGCUGAUCUUUCUUUAACAAACGCAACGAUAUUGACAGAUUUUACAGGAAUUAAUACUAGUGACAGACAAAUAAAUAUUUUUACUAAACCCGAUAAUAACGUAUUCGAAAAAUUGGAAUUUUCUUAAUUACAAUUUAAUACAAAAUGUGUAUAUUUAUAAACAUAACA